AUGCCGCUGGGUUAUGGGCUGUCGGUCUUCGCACCGACCGCUCUCGCCAUCAGGUUCGGGAGUUCGAGUUUAUGGAUUGGGAAGGUAGUCCAGAUUGGCAGUUCGGAGAUUUAUCGAGUAAAUGCCAUUGGGCUUCAGCCACUACACCCACUCGCACACAUCCGCAUCUGCAGCGGCGCAGCGAUCAACGUCAGGAGCACAGUACUGGCUUCAAUCGCGGAGAGAUAUUUCGCAACGGCUGCAAACACCUGGAUUCCGACUACAUCACAGUGUGUGUUCUGCAUCGUCACUCACGCCAUCACCAGAAAACUGAUCUUGACAGUUCAGAAGCGACGAGCGUACCACACCUCCUUUACUGCGGUCAUGGUGCAAUACAAGAGCAACAACUUCAAGAGUGACGACUACUGGAAACUGGCACGGCACGUCGGAAAACCACGAAAGUUUUACCACACUGGUCUCAACACUUUGAACUACAAGUUCAACGUCUCGACUACACGUCCCAGACUGGCCUACCUUGUCUCACGCGCUCAGAGAGGAUUUAUGUCUUACGAAAAGCGCAGUCUGAAUGAACUGAAAGCCUUUUGCACUGCAAGAAAGAUUCAAGGUGUCGAUCGGUUUGCAGGCAAGCGCCAACUCAUUGCUCUCCUGGAGAGGGAGGACGACGCUGGUGCCAGCUUCAAUCGAUUCUUCGACUUGCCGCCAGAGUUGCGUAACCGGAUAUACUCCUUCUACAUGGACGCAAUUGACGACUUCGAGACCGGCCGUAUUUCAAGGCACCGCACCCAACACGAGAUCCUCACGGGCCUGUACAAACCACCGCCUCCGAUUACCCAACCUGUGACCAUUGGGGAGCCCGCAAUUCCUGCUCCCUGGUGUUGGGAACUUUCGGAAACAGAACGCACUGUCGUUGUGGAUGCGGUGAAACAGCAGCUUGCUCUGUUUCUUGAUGCACGACAAAGCACGGCAAGCACGAUGACGAUGCUGACGAAGUACAUCUUUGAGGAGCUCAUUGGUAUUUGCGGAAGAGUGACGAAGGAAGCGAAUACUCAGCUCGAAUAG